GGACCAUGGGCUGUAGCUGCAGCUCAAACCCUGAAGAUGACUGGAUGGAAAACAUCGAUGUGUGUGAGAACUGCCAUUACCCCAUAGUUCCACUGGAGGGCAAGGCCAUGCUGUCCAUCUGGAAUGGCUCUGAAGUGCGGGAUCCACUGGUCACCUACGAAGGCUCCAACCCCCCAGCUUCUCCACUGCAAGACAACCUGGUUAUCGCCCUGCACAGCUAUGAGCCUUCCCACGAUGGAGAUCUGGGCUUCGAGAAGGGUGAACAGCUACGUAUCCUGGAGCAGAACGGCGAGUGGUGGAAGGCGCAGUCCGUGACCACGGGCCAGGAAGGUUACAUCCCCUUCAACUUUGUGGCCAGAGCGAACAGCCUGGAGCCCGAACCCUGGUUCUUCAAGACCCUGACCCGCAAGGACGCGGAGAGGCAGCUCCUGGCGCCCGGGAACACGCACGGCUCCUUCCUGAUCCGAGAGAGUGAAAGCACCACGGGAUCGUUUUCACUGUCCGUCCGGGACUUCGACCAGACCCAGGGAGAAGUGGUGAAACAUUACAAGAUCCGUAACCUGGACAAGGGCGGCUUCUACAUCUCCCCCCGCAUCACUUUUCCUGGCUUGCAUGAGCUGGUCCGCCAUUACAUGAAUUCUUCGGACGGGCUGUGCACGAGGUUGAGCCGCCCCUGCCAGACCCAGAAGCCCCAGAAGCCCUGGUGGGAGGAUGAGUGGGAGGUUCCCAGGGAGACGCUGAAGCUGGUGGAGCGGCUGGGGGCUGGCCAGUUCGGAGAGGUGUGGAUGGGGUACUACAACGGGCACACGAAGGUGGCAGUGAAGAGCCUGAAGCAGGGCAGCAUGUCCCCCGAUGCCUUCCUGGCCGAGGCCAACCUCAUGAAGCAGCUGCAACACCAGCGCCUGGUCAGGCUCUACGCGGUGGUAACCCAGGAGCCCAUCUAUAUCAUCACGGAAUACAUGGAGAAUGGGAGCCUGGUGGAUUUUCUCAAGACCUCCACAGGCAUCAAGCUGACCAUUAACAAACUCUUGGACAUGGCGGCGCAAAUUGCAGAGGGCAUGGCAUUCAUUGAAGAGCGGAAUUAUAUCCACCGUGACUUGAGGGCCGCCAACAUCCUGGUGUCUGAUACGCUGAGCUGCAAGAUCGCAGACUUUGGCCUAGCACGCCUCAUCGAGGACAAUGAGUACACAGCCAGGGAGGGGGCCAAGUUUCCCAUUAAGUGGACAGCACCAGAAGCCAUUAACUAUGGGACAUUCACCAUCAAGUCGGACGUGUGGUCUUUCGGGAUCCUGCUGACGGAGAUUGUCACUCAUGGCCGCAUCCCUUACCCAGGGAUGACCAAUCCUGAGGUGAUUCAGAACCUGGAGCAAGGCUACCGCAUGGUACGACCUGACAACUGUCCAGAUGAGUUGUACCAACUGAUGAUGCUGUGCUGGAAGGAGCUCCCGGAGGACCGGCCCACCUUUGACUACCUGCGCAGCGUGCUGGAGGACUUCUUCACAGCCACAGAGGGCCAGUACCAGCCGCAGCCCUGAGGAGCCUAGCUGGCUGGGGCUUGGAGCCCUCCCCCUACCUAGCCA